AUGUGCUAUCAGCUUGUCGAACUCUACUCAGCUUGCCGCUGCCUCUACUACCAGCAUGCCGUUGACCGCUGCGCGGCAUACGGUCGUCCCAACCACUACGUUGAGCAGCGAACCAUCUUCGUUGGUUACGCCUGCAGCAUGCACACUGGCCAUGCCGCUCAGUACUCCUCACAGUAUGGCCAGGCCGACUACAGUGGCCACUCCAGCUCCUCGGCCUAUCGAUGA